AUGCAAAAGUGGAUUUUUUGCAACAUAUUUUUGUAUAUAUUAAUUGUCUUAACAGAAUUAAGCUGUGAAAAGGAAAAUUAUGAUGCAAAUAAUAAAAUAAAAAAAGACAAUUCAGGGGAUUAUAACUAUGAAGAUAACCCCUCAUAUGGAGAAAAUGAAAAUUAUAUGAACAAUUAUAAAGAAGAUAAAUUUAAUGAUGACUCAUUCAAAGAUGCUAAUAUAUUUCUUCAUUUAGGUAACUCCAAUAACUCAAAAAACAUAAAAAGAUAUAGCAAAGACAAAAAAGAAACAAACGAAAAUGUGUUAAGACCUAUUGAUGAAGAGAAAAAAAGAUUAAAUAAUUAUUUUAAUAAAGGUAUAAAUUUUUUACAUACAAUGAAAGGAAAAAAUAAUUCUUAUAAAUUUGAUGUAGAUAAAAAUGCUUUGUUUUUAAAUAAUAGAGAUUAUAAAGAUUUAGUUCUUAUGCAAUAUGAUUAUGCAUAUUUAGAAGCAGUAAAAGAUAUUCUCCAUUUUAUUCCUAAAGAUAAAGAAUAUCACAAAUAUUUUAAAGAGAAACUACAUUCAAAUAUUUCUAAUUUUAAAGAUUCACUCAAAUUAUUAAGAGAAGGAUAUAUACAAAGCAAACUCGAAAUGAUAAGAAUCCAUUCAGAUAUAGAGAUUUUAAAUGAUUUUUAUAAAGAAGAUAUUGUAAAUGAUAAUUAUUUUAAGAAUGAAAUGAAAAAUAAAAAUGAAGAGAUGGAAAAGUAUAGAAGAGAAUAUAGUUUAUACAUAUCAAAAUAUGAAAAAGAACUUAAAAAAAAGAUUCAAGAUUUAUCAAAUGAGAUUUCUAUAAAUUUAAAUAAAUCUACAUGUGAAAAGAGUUGUUAUUAUUAUCUUUUAAGAUUAGAAGAAUAUAAAAAUAAAAUUAAACAAGAAAUAAAUAAAAUAAAUAAAUUACCAGAAAUGUAUAUUAAUGAUAAGAAUUUUGUAUAUAGUUUUUUAAAAAAUGUAAUAAAUGACAAAAUAGAUAUAUAUAAAACCAUAAGUUCUCUUAUAUCUAGUGAAAAACAAAUAUUUUAUGUUGAAUAUAUAUAUAGAAUGAAUAAAAGUAUAUUAAAUUUACUUUCAAGAGAUAUAAAAAAAAUUGAUAUAAAUAAUGAUAGUAAAUAUACAUAUACAAAAUCUCAUUUUUUAAAAGACAAUAAUAAAUUGUUAUCAAAAUAUUAUACUUUAAAAUUUUUAAAUAUAUUAAAUGAAACAUAUUAUCAUACUUUAUAUAAAAAUAAAAUUAAUUUAUUCAAUAAAUAUGUUAUAGAUGUUAUAAAUAAUUUAAAAGAAUAUUCAUAUAAAUACAUACGAUCUAUAGAAAAUAAAAUUAAGAAACAUAAACAACAAAUGAAUUUACAGGAUAUAAUACAAUAUGCAAAUAAUAUAUAUAUUCAACACAAUACUUCAAUAAAUGAAAUAUCGAAAUAUGAUAAUUUACUUAUUAAUACUAACAUUCAAGAAUUACAACAAAAAGUUUUACAGAUCGAACAAAAUAAAAAAGAUAUUACACAUAAGGUAGAACUUAUAGAUGAUAUAUAUAAAAAGAUAUAUAAUGAAUUAUUAAAAAAAGAAAAUGAAGAACUAAAAAAAAUUUUUAUAAACAACAAUAUUAAAGAUAAUAAAAAAAAAAUACAAGAUUUCUUACAAGCUAUACAACAAAUAAAACAAUUUAAUAUAUUAACAGAUCAAAAUAUAAAACAAUGUGAUAAUUAUUAUGAUGAAAUAAAAAAAAUGAAAGAAGAUAUAAAUACUAUUCAUCUUUAUAUACAACCUAUUAUAAAUCAUUUACAUACAUUAAAAGAAAUACAAAAUAAUAAAAUAAAAUAUGAACAAACAAUCAAAAAUAUUUUACAACAAAUUUUUGAUAAAAUCGAAAAUUUAAAAAAAAUUGUUCUCUUAAAAGAUCAAGCUCAAUUAAAUAUUACCAUUUUAGAUGAAUUAACAAAUAAAAAAAAAAAUUCUAAUCAAAUAAUUCAUCCAGAAGAAGAUAAAAUAAAAAACACAUCAAAUAAUUUUUUACAAAUUUAUAGUGAACAAAAAAAUGUAGAAACUAAAAAUAUUCAACAAGUUCUUAAAUCUUUAUAUGAUGGAGAUCUAAACACAUUGAUACAAAAAAUUUCUAAAUAUAUAUUAGAACAGAAAGAAAUAGAAUUAACUCAACAACAUCUUUAUACUAAUGAUAAAAUUAAUGAGUAUUUACAACAAAUACAAGAUGAACAAGAAAAAAUUAAUAAUACUAUCAAAGAUAUAAAAAUUCAAGAAGCAUUAAAACAAAUGACUGAUAUAUUGAACAAUAUUAAUAUUAUCAAAAAAAAUAUCAUCAAAGAAUUUAUAAACAAUUUAAUAAAAAAUAUGAAUCAACAAUAUAAUGAUAUUCAACAAGGAUAUAAUAAUAUAACUAAUUAUAUCAAUCAAUAUGAAAAAGAAAAUAAUAAUAUUAAACAAUAUAUUCAUAAUUUAGAUAAUAUACAAAAAAUAUAUUAUGAUAAUAAAUAUGCUAAAGAAAAAGAUACUCAUUCAAGAGAUUAUUAUAUACAUUUUAUCGAAUCAAAAAAUAAUGUUGAUAAUAUAAAACAAAAUUUAAAUAAAUAUUUACAUAUUAUAAAAAAGGAAAAAACAAAAAAUAUUCAAAAUUGUUUAGAUAAAUAUGAUUUUAUAAAAAAAUAUAUACAUAUUCUAACAACUGAAGAGAACACACAAAAUGAUAUUCAAAUAUAUAACAAAUUAAUUACACAAUUAGAUUCAAUAAAACAAAAUAUAGAAACAUAUAACUCACAACAUAAUGUUAUACAUUAUGAACAAAAAAAAAAUACAUAUGAUGAUAUAAACCAACAGUUGAUUGAACAAUUUAUAAAUUUAUAUAAAAGAAUAAAAGUACUUAAAAUAUUAAAUAUAUCUUUAAAAGCAUGUGAAAAAAAUAAUCAAUCUAUCAAUCUAUUAAAUUACAAAACAGAAGAAUUAAAAAAAAAUGUAUUACACGAAAUAAAUGUUCUUCAAAAAAAUGAUAUAUCAACAAAUAAAAUAUCAGACAAAAAUAUUUUAUCUUUAAACGAUUUAUUAAAAGAAAUUGAUCAAAGUGUUAUAGAUAUAAACACAUUAUUAAAUACAGAAUCAAACAAUCUAUUAAAUUAUUUUGAACAAUCUAAAAAUAAUUUCUAUAAUAAAAAUAAAAAAGAAAAUUUUGAUAUACAAAAUACAAUUAAUAAAAUGAACGAAUGGCUAGCUAUAAAAAAAAAAAUAAAUCAAAUUAAUAAAAAUUAUCAAACCUUAUAUGAAAAAAAAAUUAAUAUACUUUUAAAUAAUUCAAAAAGUUAUGUACAAUAUUUAUAUGAUCAAAUAAAUAAUUUAAUCUUUCAAAAAAAAAAUGAUUUAAAUAAUACAUUCAAGACACAAAUAGAAGAAAAGGAUCAUGCAUUAAAUCUUUUAGAACAAAAUGAAGAAUAUCAAAAAGUAAACAAUCAAAAGGAUAAGACUGAUAUAAAAAAUAUUAAACAAUUGAUUGAACAGACUAAAAAUGAUAUACUUACAUAUGAAAAUCAAAUUAAACAAAUAGAAGAAAAAAAUGGAGACUUAAAAAACUCUGCUGAAAGUAAGGAUCAAAUAGGAAAUACAUUAAAUGAAGUUAAAAAAAAUAUAAUAUAUACAUAUGAAAAGAUAGAUAAGCAAUUAUUGAGUGUUUUAAAAAAUUAUGAAGAAGGAAAAGGAGAAUUUGAUAAAAAUAUUUUACAAAUGGUUAAUGUGAUGGAAGAUAUAAAAAAUGAUGAUAAUAUAAAAGAUGAUGAUGACAUAAAUGAUGAUGAUGACAUAAAUGAUGAUGAUGACAUAAAUGAUGAUGAUAUUAUUCUUUCAAAUAAUAUAAAUAUAGAACUAAGACAUAUAAAUUUCAAAGAAAUAAAUAAAAAUAUAAUACAAAUAUUUAGACAAUUCAAAUCUGUAAACAAAGAAAUAAAAAAACAAUCAAAUCAAAUUAAUAAAGAAUUUAUAGGAAUUGAUCAAAUUACUAAAGAAUUAAACGAUAUACAUACACAAAUGAAUAUACUUUAUAAAGAAUUAAAUGAAAAAUCUUCUGAAUUUAAUAAAAAAAAAAUAGAAGAUAUAAAUCAUAUAACAGAAAAUAUUAAUAAUAUUGAAAUGUGGUAUGAAAAAAAUAUUAUUGAAUAUUUCUUACGUCAUAUUAAUGAACAAAAUGAUAAAGCUAAAAAGGAUAUAGAUACAAUUGAGAAAUAUAAAAAUAAUAUUGAAACGAUUAGUAAAAAAAUUAAUCCACAAAAAUAUCUUGAAACAUUAAACAAAUUAAAAAUGUAUCUUUAUAUAGACACGGCAAAAAAUCUUUUUUAUAAUCUUAUAAAUAAUAUAGUUAUUAAUUCAAAUGAACUAAAAAAUCAAGCUUUUACAUUAAAUGUAUUACAAAAUAUUCAAACAAAUAGAAAAACUCUUCUCACAAAUAAACAACUAAUUAUUCAAUAUACAAAUGAUAUACAUAAUAUAUUAAAAGAAAUGGAGAAUAUUAAUAAAAUUUUAGUAUUAACAAAUUAUAAAUCUAUCAUUCAAGAUAUUCUCAACAAUGUAAAUCAUGUUGAUACAUAUAAAGAAAAAUUAAAUCAAUUAUAUUUAAAAUCAGAAAAACACAAAGAACAAAUACAAACCAUUCAUAAUAAUUCAAAGGUAAUUUAUAACAAAAUAAAUUUGAAUGAAGAUAAUUUUAUUAAAAAUUUAUUAAUUGAUAUUGAAAAAAUAAAAAAUGAAAUCAUACAUAUAAAGGAUCAAACAAAUAUUCAUCUACCAGAUGUAGAGAAAUAUAAAAAUGAGGCUCAACUAUAUUUUCAUAACACACAAAGAGGUGAAGAAAAAAUAGAAUAUUUAAAAAGUCAUAAUAAUUCAACAAAUGAAAAAAUAACACUUGAAGAAUUAGAACAAAUAAAAAAAAAUGCAAACAAAGUAAAAGAAAUAUACAAUCAAACAAUAGAUUAUGAACAAAAAAUUAAAAAUAAUUAUAAUAUUAUAUUAAAUAAUUAUGAUCAAAUAAAUAAAAUAUUACAUGAUUCUUUUAUUAAACAAAUUAAUAUCGAAUCUGAAAAUAAAAAAAAACAAACUAAAGAAAUUAUAGACAUUAUUAAUGAUAAAACAUUCGAACAACAUAUAAAUACAUACAAAACAAAUAUAAACAAUCUAAAAAAACAAUCAGAAUUUAAAGAUAUAGAUAAAAAUUUAUUAUUAAAUGAAGAAGCACUUAAAUUAUUUGUAGAUAUUAAUAGUAACACAAAUAAAUUAGAAAAUAUGUUAAACGAAAUAGAUCAAAUACAAAAAAAUAUAAACACUUAUAUCAAAGAAGCAAAUGAAUCAUUCCACAAAUUUAAUAAUAUAUGUAAUACUAAUAUAAAAGAUUUAUUAAAUAAAUUAAUAUUAGAAGAUGUAAAUUAUAUUAAUAAUUUAAAAAGUGUGGAAAAUCAAAUCGUAUUUAUGAAUGUAGAAAAAAAUUUGAUGUUAGAUAAAAGUAAAAAAAUAGAUGAAGAAGAAAAAAAAUUAGAUCUAUUAAAAAAUAAUAUCUCAAAAAUAAAUAAUUCUUUAGAUAAAUUAAAAAAAUAUUAUGAAGAAGCACUCUUUUAUAAAGUUAAAGAAAAAGCAGAUACUCAAAAAGAAUAUAUAGAAAAAAUAAAAAAAGAAAUAAAUACACUCACUGAUACAUUUAAAACAUCAUUGUUUAUAGAAAUCAAUGGAGAUCUAUUAUCGACACAUAAUAAAAAUAUAACAAAUAAUGUUGAAACUUAUAAACAUAAAAUGGAUACUAUAUAUAAUCUUUUUAUGAAAUCAUAUAAUAUAAUACAAAAAUAUUCUUCACAAAUUAUUUCCCCUUCAUUGAAUUAUUUACAAACAAAAGAAAUAAAAGACAAAUCUUUAAAAGAAGAAAAUCAAUUAAAUCAAAAUGAAAAAGAUGCAUUGGAAUUAUUAAAAAAUUUCAAAACAAAUCAAACAAUAAAAUUAUUUAUUCAAAUAAAAAAUGAUACAAAUGGAAUGUUGCAUAAUAUAGAAGAAGAACAUAAAUUAAUACAAGAAUAUUUCAAUAAUAUCAAAAAUAAUAUGGAACAAUUAAAAAAAUAUAACAACAAUAUUGAUAGUAAUAAUAUGAAUGGUGAUAAAGAUAUACUACUCAAAGAAACCAUAUCAUAUUAUGAAAAAAUAAAUAAAAUAUAUAAUAAUUCAUCUACAUAUAAAAUAAAAGAAGACACAUAUUAUAAUAAAAUAUUAAAAUCUGCCGAAAUUUUAAACAUAAAAAUAAAAAAAAAACAAAAAGAAGAAACAAAUUUUAUAGAUGCAGAAUAUAAUUCUUCAUUAAUUAAUAAAGAUGAAGAAAUUCAAAAACAAAUUAACAAUGAAAUAAAUGAAUUAAAUCAAAUUCAUGUGAAUAUUUUUAAUAUUUCAAAAGAUAUAGAAAAUAUAAAAAAACAAAGUGAAGAAAUUAUUACACAUAUGAAUGAUAUAUAUAAAAGUACCAUUCUUUUAAUAGACAUAAUCAAGAAAAAAGAAGAAGCUUUAAAUAAAGAAAAAAUUAUUUCCAAUAAUAUAAACUAUAUAUUAAAUAAAAAAGAAAAUAUUAUAGAUAAAGUUAUGAAAUGUAAUUUAGAAAAUUAUAAAGACAUUUUAAUUCAAAAUGAAACAGAAUAUCAAAAAUUAAAAAAUAUAAAUCAUACAUAUGAAGAAAAAAAAAAACAAAUAUUAUUAUUAGAUAUACCAAAAAUUAAAGAUAUAAAACAUCAAAAUAUCGAAGAAUAUAAAAACAAAUUAAAACAAAUUAAUCUAACAAUCAAUGAAAGUAUAGAAAAAAAUGUACUCAUAAAAACGGAUAUCUUACAAAAUGAAAUUAUAAUAUUAGAACAAAUGAUAAAAAAUUUAGAUAUAUUAGAUGAACAAAUUAUAAAAUAUAUAAAUAAUAUAGAUGAAUUAUAUAAACUAGGAAAAACAUGUGAUAAUCAUAUAAUUACAACCAUCAGUGUUGUAGUUAAUAGAAAUACAUCAAAAAUUAUGAUACAUAUGAAUAAACAAAAAGAUGAUAUAAACAAAAUUAAUAAUUAUAUUCAAUCAAAUUAUAAUACAAUCAAUACAGAAUUUCAAUAUUUUAAAGAAUUAUAUGGAAAUAAUAAUAUUUUAAAUCAAAAGGAGAAAAUUAAUUUUAUAAAUAUUUUACAUGAACAAAAAAAUGAAUAUACUCAAAAGGAAAAAGAAAUUUCUAAAAUUAUUAAACAAGUGAAAAAAGGAUUAUAUUCAUUGAAUGAAAAUAAUAUGGAUAAUAUAAUACAUAUCAAUACAAUAGAUCAAAAUGUAAAUCAAAAUAUUUUAGAACCAUAUAAUAAAUUAAUAACAAUGAUAAAACAUACUGAUGAAGUUUUUAUAAAGGUUUAUAAAAAUAAAUUCGAACAAAUAGAAAAAUAUAUACAAAUUCUUAAACCUUUAGAACUAUUAAAUAAUAAUAUAAAUACAGACAAGUUAAAAAAAUUAAAUGAAAACCAAAAUAAAUUACAAAAUAUAGAAACACAAAUGAAACAAAAGGAACAAAUAUUGGUGAAAAAAAUAAAUGAUAUAGAAAAGGAUAAUAUAACAGAUGAAUAUAUUAAUAAUAUUGAGCAAAAUAUAUUGAAACCUAUUACAUUAAAGAUGAAUGAAUAUAAUACAUUUAUAAAUAAUAAUAUAGAUCAUUUAAAUAAUACUAAUACAAAACUUUUUAGUGAUCAUCAUUAUUUUAAAAAACAACAAGAAUAUAUAUCCAACGUGAUACAAACAAUUAAUAAAUUCAUAAAUGAUAUAGAUAAUAAUCAAGAUGAAUAUUAUUAUUAUGAAUGGAAUGAAGAAUAUAAAGAAAUAGAUAAAGAUAAAAUGAAUGAAUAUAUAAAUAAUAUUAAAAAUAAUUUAUAUGAUUCUAAAAAACAAUUGGAAGAGAAUCUAAAAAGUGUAAAAAAUAAUGAAAAUAUUAUAGACCUCAUGCAAUUAAAAACAAAAGAUAUUGAUGAUAUUAUUAAAAAUAUUAAUAAUGUAAAAGAAACAUAUCUAAAUGAAUUGAAUAAAAAAAAAACAUUACAAAAUAAACAAAUGGAUGAACAAAAAAUCAAAUCAAAUAAAGAGGAAAUAAUAAAACAUGAUAAUAAAAAGAUUGAAAAGGAAAAUCAAAUUAGAGAUGUUAAAAUAAUAAAAGAUAAUAAAAUAAGUAAACCAAAAAAUAAUUUAUCAGAACGAUCUAAUCAAAAUGAAAAUAAAGAAAAGAAAAUACAGAAUACACCUGAAAUACAAACAAGAAAUAUUAAACCACAUCAUAUUCCUAAUGAUCAACAAAUUAUAUCUCCACAAAAAAUAAAUAAAACUACAAUCGAACCAAAAAAUAAAGAUAAUCAUCAAAGUAAGAAAGAAAAAAAAAAAACAGGUAGUAAUGAAAGAAUGUAUUUUGCAAGUGGAUUAAUUGUAUCCAUUCUAUUUUUAUCCAGUUUAGGAUUUGUUAUAAAUAGUAAAAAUAAUAAUAAAGAUGAAUAUGAUAAAAACCAAGAAGACCAACAACAAAGUCAUUUUGCAUGUGCUAAUAGUGAAAUGCAAAAUGAAGUAUCACAAAAAUAUGGAAAAAAUAAAGAAGAAGUAAUGGAGGUAUCUUUUGAUAAUGAUUAUAUUUAA